CCAGGUACAGAGGCGAGCUGGCAGCGAACCGUAACUCCAACCUCCAGAAGUUUUCCACGGAAACUACGACUUCCAGAGUUGCUCCACAGCCAUGAGUUACUACAUGGAUCCAGUUUCAUCUUACCAGCCUCAUCACCAGACUGACCGUCUGGCUGCAAUGAGACAGGCUGGCAGGGUGGCGGUUUCUAUGGUAACACCGAGUCAUCUCCCUGGGGUCUGCCAACCCCAGUAUGCACCCCCUACCCGACCGUUGUACAUCCAUGACAUCACCCUGCAGGAGGUACCCAAUAGCCCUGAUUUCUGCCCCAACGAUCUGGAAUGUGGAGACGUUCCUCUGCUGACUCCAGGGAGCAAAGAGAUGAUGUCACAGGCCCUGAAGGCCACGUUCAGCGGCUUCACCAAGGAACAGCAGAGACUUGGCAUCCCUAAAGACCCCAGGCAGUGGAGCGAGGGCCACGUGCGGGAGUGGCUGACAUGGACAGUGAACGAGUUCAGCCUGAAGAACGUGGACUUCCACAAGUUCUGCAUGAGCGGGGCCAGCCUGUGCGCGCUGGGCAAGGAUCGCUUCCUGGACCUGGCUCCCGACUUCGUCGGUGACAUCCUCUGGGAGCACUUAGAGAUGCUGCAGAAAGGUGAUUGGCUGCAGAAAGAAGACGCAAAGCAUUUCCCCAUCAAUGGCCUGACCUCCAGUUUCCAGGAAUCACGCUAUACCUCAGACUACUUUGUCAGUUACGGCAUUGAGCAUGCCCAGUGUGUGCCUCCUUCAGAGUACUCAGAGCCCAGCUUCAUCACAGAGUCCUACCAGACCCUUCACCCAAUCAGCUCAGAGGACCUGCUGUCACUCAAAUACGAGAAUGAAUACUCCAGCGUUAUACUGCGGGACACGCCCCUCAACCCCCUGCAGGGGGACUACUUUUCUGUGAAACAGGAAGUCGUGUCUCCCGACAACAUGUGCGUGGGUCGGAUCAGCAGAGGCAAGCUCGGGGGCCAGGACUCGUUCGAGAGCACGGAGAGUUUCGAAAGCUGCGACCGCCUGACUCAGUCAUGGAGCAGCCAGUCGUCGUUCAGCAGUCUCCAGCGCGUGCCGUCCUACGACAGCUUCGAGGCGGAUGACUACCCUGCAGCCCUGCACAGCCACAAGCCCAAGGGCACGUUCAAGGACUACGUGCGCGAGCGCUCGGACCUCAGCAAGGACAAGCCUGUCAUCCCCGCUGCCGCCCUAGCUGGCUACACGGGUAGUGGCCCCAUCCAGCUAUGGCAGUUUUUGCUGGAGCUUCUUACAGACAAGUCCUGCCAGUCGUUCAUCAGCUGGACAGGAGACGGCUGGGAGUUCAAACUCUCCGACCCCGACGAGGUUGCCAGGAGAUGGGGUAAGAGGAAGAACAAGCCCAAGAUGAACUACGAGAAGCUGAGCCGUGGCCUGCGCUACUACUACGACAAGAACAUCAUCCACAAGACGUCGGGCAAGCGCUACGUCUACCGCUUCGUAUGCGACCUGAAGAGCCUGCUGGGCUACACGCCAGAGGAACUCCACGCCAUGCUGGACGUCAAGCCCGAUACGGACGAGUGACCGGGGCGGGGCA